CUCCUACUUCCUCUUCCUCCUACUCAUGAGGCCAUUACCAUCACCAAUCGGGACUUCCAUCCCCCCAGUUACAGAUACGUAAAAUGAAUCCCUUUCCUGCUUGUCUCGUGGCAUCCGUGGGAUCCGUGGGAUUCGUGGCCUAAUGCCCUCAAUUUCGGGGAGCAAGAGGGCAUCCAUCCACUUCUGCUAGCCGGCUGCCACCAGAGCUUUCUCCGCAGUCCUCCUUCCUGCCAUGCGAACCAAAGUGGAUGCUACUACUAUCUACUCCGUACUAGCCUAGCCUGUAGAUACUAAGCAGGCUAGAUACUGCUGACAUGGAUGAUAAGAGAUACACCGUCAGCACUCCGCCCCGUCAGUAUCCCAAUCCCAUUCCUAAUCAUGGAAUGGGCAGAAAAGCCCCCCCUCCCUUCUUGACAAAAGUCGGGCUCAUCACUGGGAAGGGGGAAGGGGAAAGGGGGCGCGGGUUCUCAUGUGACGUGCCGUGGUUCAUUGCAAGCCCCGGUGAAGAAAAAACCAACGACGGAACUGGCCAGCUGCAGACCCGUCCGCCGGGGGUUCGAAAUGCAGGCAGUAUGGCUGGCUGGCUGAAAAGGGGGGGGAUACUUAAGUACAGGCGAGACGAUCGCAGCCAAUCCGGGGGUCACCCGAAGGUGAAACGUGAGAGUCCAAAGCUCGAAAAUGGAGAGAUAGACCAUCUAUCUAUCUGGAUCAUUCUGCAAGGCCAAGUGCACGAUGAGCGGUCGCAAAUGGAGGUCCCCCCCCACCGGCGCGAUUUAGGGCUUCCACUAAUGGAGAUUGGACUCAGACGCUAGUGAUUAGAGUAACGUUGCUCCGGGACUCCGGAGAUAGUGACUUAUCUAGUAGAUAGUAUAGAUACAGAUAGUCUACCGUGAUAAUCAAUAUGA